GUGGUAAUGGCUAGACGCUUAGUAGCUGCUUGUUUUCUUGGUGUAGGUAAUUUUGUUUUGUAGCUACUUAGUUAACCUAGCUAUCUUAUUAUGUAAACUAAGAUGCUCGGGAAAGCAUUAAAAUUGACUACAGUUAUUGUUGGGCUUAAGUUACCUAGCUAGCUAUAUAUCGGUUAUCUACUCAUUAUAACUAAACAUGCAACGGAAGGCUGAGAAUGUGUAAUUUACCGAAGAUGGCUAACCUUAUUCCUUUGUUAUAUUAAAUGUGUUACGCUUCACAUCACAAUUAACACAGAAAUGGAGGAGAUAAGGGUGUCUCCUGACUACAACUGGUUCCGAAGCACAGUGCCCCUGAAAAGAAUUAUUGUGGAUGAUGAUGACAGCAAAGUCUGGUCACUGUAUGAUGCUGGACCAAAGACCAUCAGGUGUCCAAUAAUCUUCCUCCCCCCUGUGAGUGGCACGGCUGAAGUUUUCUUUCAGCAGAUUUUGGCUCUCACUGGCUGGGGCUACCGUGUCAUUUCGCUCCAGUAUCCUGUCUACUGGGAUUUACUGGAAUUCUGUGAUGGAUUUAAGAAACUUCUAGACCACUUGCAACUAGAUAAGGUUCAUCUAUUUGGGGCAUCUCUAGGAGGAUUUCUGGCUCAGAAAUUUGCUGAGGUCACACACAAAUCACCACGGGUGCAUUCUCUCAUCCUGUGCAAUUCAUUCAGUGACACAUCUAUUUUUAACCAAACCUGGACAGCAAACAGUUUCUGGCUGAUGCCAGCCUUUAUGCUUAAGAAGAUUGUUCUUGGUAACUUUGCCAAAGGACCUGUUGAUCCCAAAAUGGCAGGUGCCAUUGACUUUAUGGUUGAUAGACUAGAAAGCCUGAACCAGAGUGAACUGGCCUCUAGGCUCACACUGAACUGCCAAAACUCCUAUGUCGAACCUCACAAAAUAAGGGAUGUUGCAGUCACCAUCAUGGAUGUUUUUGAUCAGAGUGCUCUUUCCAAUGAAGCAAAGGAAGAAAUGUAUAAGCUGUAUCCCAAUGCUAGAAGGGCUCAUCUCAAAACUGGAGGGAACUUCCCCUACCUUUGCAGAAGUGCUGAAGUUAAUCUUUAUAUCCAGAUACAUCUCCGACAGUACCAUGGGACGCGGUAUGCUGCUAUAAACCCGGCUAUGGUUAGUGCAGAGGAGCUUGAAGUGCAAAGGAGCACCCUGAACACCUGCAGUCAGAGUGAUGACCAUUCAUAAGAAGACCCUGCUGUCUCACAGACUACUAUGAAUUUGCUACAAAAGCAUUAUAUGCCAUUCCUUCACAUGUACCAUCACACACCAGAGCCACCCCCUUUGGUCUCUUGCUUUUCUAUAAUGGAUUCAGUCAAAACAAUGGACUAAAAGAGCCUAUUUUUACUUUACAGAAAAAUAUUUUGAUAAGUAUUAUAGCUGUAGAUAAUAUGAUCUUGGGUACUAUGUCAGAGCAAAUUUGACAGAAUGACAUUUUGAACUGGUUGCCUUAUGUGAUAUAAAUACUUUGCAUCUGAUAGAAUUUGCACUUGUCUGUUUCAGCCAGGUUGGUUGGUUGGUUUGUUCUUUUGGAGUCGAGUUUUGUUAUUAUAAUUCUUGCACUGAUUAAAAGUAUAACAUGCUAAUAUA